AUGAUUUUUCAAUCCUAAUCGUCAAUGAAUAGAAUUUCUAAUCAUAUCCUAUCGAAAUCAAAACUCCGCAUGAAAUAGUUCCUAGAUCAAAGCUAUGAGAGAAAGUCUCUCUAAGUGAUCAUAAACGACAAGGAUAUAGCAGUAGAUAGCCAAAGGAUUGCUUCUUAUGAUCCAUUGUCUAGAAAAAAUGCUAAAAUUAGAAGGAAACCUUAAUUACCAAUAAGCGAUAAACAAGCCUAGUUUAACAAACAAAUCUUGUAGGUGUAUAAAGAUUAUAAAAAUGAAGAGCCUAUAAAAUUCUAGAAGCCAGCAAUUGACUCAAGCAAAGCAAAUGCUUCUAAUUUAUUUAAUUAGCAAAAAUAACGUAGCCUUGAUCACAGAAACUUGAAGUAUCAAGCAAUUAAGGUUAAAAAUCAAUAACUAGUAGAUGCUGAAACUAGCAGCACAAAUCUCCACGUUUAAAGCAGUGGAAGUUAUAAUUUUAUAAAGGCUCUGCCUAAUCAUCAUGAUAAACUGAUAUCCCCAGUAAAAAUUAAAGAUGAAAUUACUAAGCUUGUUAAGAGAAGUUAAAACUUAAAUACACAGAGUAGAAAUUCAAUUGAGUCUACAUCUCCUACUAUAAACUAAUCAACCACUAACCUCAUCUUAGAUCAUAGAUAUAAUUCUCCAAUGGGGAAAUUGCUUAGUCCAGAUUAAAGCAGAUCUAAACUUCAAAAAUCAAGAAAUAAUAAUAAAGAUCUUGAUUAAUUAAUUAGUUAUCAACCGAUAAAACAAUAAAAAUCAAUAUAUUAUGAUUACAUUCCACUAUCCAAUAAUAUUAUAAAAUUGGAAUUGAAUUAAAACUCUAACUAAUAGUCUAGGCAAACUCUUAAACCUAUAAUUAAACUAAAAUCUGAUCAUAUUUUCGAGGAGAAAUAUGCCUCUAAAAACUAAGGGAAAUAUCUAUAAAAAUUGGAUAAGAAUGUGAGAAAAUCUUUUGAUUUUUUAAACGGACUGAAAGGAAUUAAGCAAAAUUUAUAAAACUAUAGGGAAUAGAAGAACAAUUCUGUUGAUCAAACAUCUUUCUUUAUAAGUUAAGAUCACACUACAAACACGAAUUAUUAAUAGGAAAGUAUCCAACAAAAUAUAGAAUAAUACGAUCUAGAUGUACUACGAAAUAGGAGUUUAUUGCCUAACAUAAAUAAAAAGCAAAGUUUGAACAUAUAACAGAAUCAGAGUAAACAGGAGGAUCUUUCAAAUUAUGAUUAAUCAGAAGAUUAUUAAGAUGAUUUUGAGAUUUAGCCUUUCAAUUACUAUAAUAGUGUUGAUUAUGGUAAUAGACUUUGCAGCAAAAUAAACAGCAAUAUAAAGCAUAACACAAGGGAUAUAGAUGAUUCUCAAAUAGAUGUAGAAAUUAGUAAUUAUCUAUCUCCUUGCUAUUUUAAGGGUAAAUGCAGCAAUAAAUUCUUAAUCCUUCUGAGUUCUCUGAUUAUCGCAGUUUAAUCUCAAACUUUGACUGAUUCCUACAUAAGCUAUCUAAUGACAGGCUAUGACCAUAGUUUGCCUCCAUAAUAAAACAGAUCUACAGUAGUUGAAGAAACCUAUACAUACUGGAGAGAUCCUCGCUUGGAUUUUAGAAAUGAUCCUAGAUUUAGCACUGCCACUAAAGGAAACUUUAUUGAUCUAACGAGAUAUACAAACCAAUUCUGGACUCCAAGGUUCUAUUAUGACAAUCGCAGAGAAAGAGUUAUUAUCAAAGCUUAUGACUAAUUGUUUGCUGAUGGAACAGUAGUGAGAUAUGAGAAAGCUAGAUCAACCUAUCAUUGUGCUUUCGAUUUCAAAUUAUUCCCAAACGAUACUACUAUUUGUAAUUUCACGGCUAGUAUCAGUGGAUAUAACUACUCACAAGUUGAGUUGAAGUCAUUUAGAACUAAAUAUAAUCCAUAAUCUACAUUCGUACCAGGAGCGAAAAACUAUAGUGAAAUAAAAAUAAAAUCUAGUAGUGAUGGGUUGUCUUGGAGAACCAGAUAUAGAAAUCCUUACUCUUAUGCAAUCUAGUACAUUUUUACGAUGUGCAUUUUUAUAUUGGUCAGCUACACAGCAUUUUGGAUCACAAACUCGAAGGUCACUGCUAGAAUACUUCUAGCAAUAGUAACAGUAUUUAUGACGAUGUAAACAAAUCUGCUUAUAUAUAAUUACUUGCCUCCUCUAGAAUACACGACUGUCCUUGAAGACUUUUCAUUUGGUGUCGAAGUCUUUUCCCUUAUAACAACUAUCGAGUGUGUUAUAAUGAAUUUCUGUUUGACUGAGUACCUUAAACGACUAGAAAUUAUCCAGAAUAUCAUUAAAAGCACAAGAUAAAAUCUAGCCAAAGUUAAGAAGAAGUUCUUAAAAAUUUAAUAAGCUAAAAAGAUUAGCAAUGCCUUCUAAUUGCUAAUGCAGAAAAAUCAACAAUUAAAGGAGGACUAAGAAAAACUGUAAGAGCAAAAAGAUAUGAUGGAAUUUUUAAAAAGGAAACAGUAAUCUGUCAUCAAGAAGUUGAUAGUUACUAAUGAUAAUUCUAGAUAAAAUUCAGUGGUACAACUUAGCACUGGUGGCCAAUCAAUGUCGAAAAAUUCCUAGAUGAUUAAUCACAGAAAUGGCUAUACCUAAGGAACGUAAUCAGUAGAGAUGGGAAGUGAGAGAAUAGACGAUGAAUUCUUAAUAGAAGAAGAAAAGAGUCAAGGAUCUAGAUAACAGUCAUUCUUCACAUAGAAGAAAAAAGAUAUUGAGAAAAAGAAAAAUACUCCUUAGAAAGAAGAUACUUAAACAAAUAGAGCCUUAAUGGAUGAUCAAGAAUGGCAAUUUGGAAAAAUACUAAAAAGGAAAAGCACUAUUAGAUCAGAGGGUCCUUAAUAAGAGAGAGAGAACGAUGAUAAUGCUGGUCCAGAUGAUGAUGAUGAUGAAAAGAAUUGGACUGAUGUUAUAGAGCCAGAAGACUUGGAGCAAGUUCAAUGGGGAAUUUAAGAAGUAGAUGAGGAAAAGGAAUAAGAGGGUGUGGAAGAGCAUAAGGAAGAAGAAAAAUUAGAGGAUAAGGGAAAACUUGUUAAGGGAAAAGUUGUUAAGGGAAAAGUUGCUAAGGGAAAAGCUGCUCAGGAAAAAGAGAAAGAAAAUGAAAGUGUGAGCAGUUUAGAAGAAAGCUUUUAGAACUCAAUAGCAUCAGACACAUCCUCGGAGAAGUCAGAAGAUUAAGAAUGGAAGCAGGCAUUAAGAUAAAAGGCAAUGGAAUUAGUUGAAAUGGCUGUAAAACAAAAAAGACAUGAAUAGGAAAUAUUGGAAGAGGAAUUGGCUAAAGAGCUUUAUCAGAAGAAGCUGACACGGCUUUUAGAUGAUCUGGAGGAGGCCCAAAAAGGUUCUGAUGUCAAAGGAGAUUUGAAAAAUCUUAAUAAUGUGAAGUUUUAAAUGGCAUUUGAUAGCUUCAAGAAGUUUGUGGUUGAAAACUGGACCUAAAUUGACUUUGACCUCGAUCCUAGAACAAGAAUGUAAAUGCAAUAAGUCUUUGAGAUAGAAAACUCUGUUGAGUUCAAAUUAUAUGAAUAUUUCAGCAACUACUUAGAUUACAUAUUUAGAUAUGCCUUUGCAAUUUGCUAUAUUUUCUUUCUCUGUAAUAUUCUCUCAAGACUCUACAAUGUCUAUUGGCUCAGUAUAGCAUCAAUAGUUGUAUUCGUUUUCUUAAUAUUCGCUUGGGUACUCUUUCAUAUAUUCUGGAGAAUGAGUGAGAAUAAAAUAUCUUUCCUAGAUGCAGUUAAGUUUUACUUAAGAGGAUAUUGCAUAGUGCCAAAGCAAAAGAAGAAGAAGAAGGUAGAUGAAUUUGAAAUUAAGAAGAAAAAGAAAUGA